CUCACUCAGUUGCUUAGUGCCUCGCAGUUGCUGAGGCUGGCUUCAAAUUCUCCAUCCUCCUGCCUCAGCCUCCUGAGCUGCUGGGACUACAGGUGUAUACCACCAUGCCCAAUGAUUUUUAUUUCUUGACCACUAAUUAAGCUGCAUACUUUAAGAAGUAAUUUUGUAGUGUUUUAAACACAUGCUGGAGAGUAUGUUAUCUUUUAAGAUAUAUCACUUUUCCUGUGCAAGGCUCUGGGUUUGAGCCCCAGUACUACAAAAGCAACAAACAACAAAAUUCCAUGUAUAAUAAUUUUUUUAAAUAUUAUUUUUAGUUGUUGAUAGUUAUUUUAUUCAUUUAUUUUUAUGUGGUUCUGAGAAUCGAACCCAGUGACUCACAUGUGCAGGAAGAGCCCUCUACCACUGAGCCACAACCCCAGCCCCCACAUAUAGUAACAUCGUUUGUUUAUUUAUUUAUUAGUUGUAGUUGGACACAAUACCUGUAAUUCAUGUAUUUUUAUGUGGUGCUGAGCAUCGAACCCAGGGCCUCACACAUACUAGGCGAGCAGUCUACCCCUGAGCCACAACCCCAGCCCCGCCACAUAGUAGUUUUAAACAGGCAAUAAGUAAAGGCCUUGCGACGACAGUAGUCCCUGAGGCAUCUGACCGUCCAUGCGCCGACUCAGCCUGUGCAAGUGGUCACAGAGGGUCCCUGUCCCCAGGGUGUCACUGUGGUGAGGAAAACAGGCAUUCACCGCCACUCUGAUAAUGGCCAUGCUGAGGGCUGGAGCUGUGGGCGAAACGCUGAGCGUGCAUGCUCCUAGUCGUGCCACUGGUAUUCCUGGGGUCCGUUUUGACGGGCUUUCUGUGGUGAAGUCAGAUAUGGGAAAGAGUCUCACCUGCUCUUUUUGCCUCAGUGUGCAUUUUCUUGAGUUCCUGUGAAUGAAGUGCUGCUGAGUAUGCUUAGUUUUGAGUCUCUUGAAGAAUCAGCCAUGCUGACUGGGUUUGUCUUUAUUACACGGUUUGGGUUUUGCUUAGCAGAUCUUACACAUCAUAUGGAGACGAUGUAAUUUUCUCUCCCAGUUGCCUUUCAAAACUUGGACUGUGGGGGCUGGGGUUAUGGCUCAGUGGCUGAGUGCUCGCCUCACAUGUGUGUGGCACUGGGUCGAUCCUCUGCAUGCAUACAAAAAUAAAUAAGACAGAUACUGUGUCCAUCUACAACUAAAAAAUAAAAAUAAAAUAAAAAACUUGGACUGUGUACUUACCUUUUGGUUGCAAUAGUGUAAACACCAGUUGUGUCAUUCAGAAGUGUCAUAAGAGGAACGGCAUAACAGUGUAUGCAUUUCUAAGUGUUGAGUAAUUUGUUACUUUCUGAGCAUUUAUGUAAUCUAAGGUGUGGGGAUUUUGUCUUCGUAUUGUGGUGCUGGGAACUGAACCUAGGGCCUUAUGCUUGCUGGGAAGAGACAGCAGUUAGUACUGACCAUGCUGUGGGCCAGAAAGAACCAGCGCUGGGCCUCCAGAGCUGCAGGAGAAGGUGUCAUCAAAGAGCACCGCAGGGUCCAGGAGUGGCCAACUCCAGGUGGGCCCUGAUCCCAGCCUGAAGCUGGUUCUGUACUCAGAAAGGAAGUGCUGCUGUGGUAUCAGGGUAGGACUUAAAAUGCCACCAUGUAGAAGCCCCGUCUCAAUUGGUAGGAAGUAUCCACCAGUUAAAAGCCGAAUUCUAGAUCUUGAGAGGCUUUCCCCAUUGUAGUUCCACCUGCAUAUCCAGAGUGCUCAAAUGUUCCUUUUUCUCUGCCCAAAGGUGGGUUAUCCAAGCAGUGUCAUACAGUGAGUGAAAUGCAACCUAUCUGACCCAUUUUCUUUGGGCACAUAGAAUUUCUGGCAUGCCUAUAUACCGGGAUUUGUGCUUAAUAAAGACAGCACUUGAAUCUCUUAUCACAAGUACAUGUUAACGUAUGGAAUUGUGGUGCUGUUUUAAAGGGAAAGCUCCAUUGAAAAUUGAAAUUGUGGGAUCUUGCUUAUCCAGUGAGUGUGUUCGGAAAUUUUCACAUCACUCUAGUUUUCUUACUUCUGUGAUUAUUCCAAAUUAUAUUUUAUUUAAUUGGAAGCAGUGUGUACACAAGCCUGGCCUUUACAGAAAAUUGCAUUAUAUAAUGUUUCUUUGACUCCAUAGUAGUUGUAUGAUUGAAUCCUGGUUCUAGAAAUUUAAAACUUUGGCUUUACAGUUUGGGUGUUUGCCUUUAUUACAUGGUACUUUACUUGUAAUAAAGAUGUAGUAUAGAACUUGGGUCUCUUUUAGGUAGUGCUGUUAGAGCUCUUUAGUCAUGUGCUGUAAAAACUGACAAAUAACUUCAGAUCCCAGAUCAGUGCUCAGGCACCUGCUGGGUUCCCUGUAGUCAUCUGGGUUCUGUUCAUAGAAGCUCCCUGUGCAGCCAGAGAGGAGCUUUGGCUCAGUGAGGAACAUGCUGCUCUUGAACUAAGUAAGCUGUAGGAUGUGCCAGAGUCUGCCCGCCAGACCCCAGGGAGGCAGGCCACCUCCAGAGGCUCUGUGAAGGAUGCCCGAGUUGUUUUCCUUGGAGAUCCUGGGGCUGCCUGCCCCAAAGCACUCCAUACAGUGUUUCUCAGAAAGAUAAGAAAAAUUUUACCCAGUGGAGAAAAUCGAGGUGGCCUUCACUUUAAUUCAGAUAAACUGAUGUGUCCAGGUUUGUGCUGUAAAGUGUGGUCACUGUCUCCGUGUGGCUUUUAAGGACCAUCGUGUGUGCGUGCUGUGGGGGCUUCUGUGUGUGCUAGCAGGUGACUGCUUUGUUUCUGCAGCUUUCCUCGCUCCCUGGCUGGUGGCCUCAGUGGCCUUCUCCCCUGCCCUGGUGGUGGGUGGUAGCUGCUGGACUGCUUGUCUGACCCAGCCCCUGUUCUUCCCUUUAGGUCAUCACCAACCUAGUGAAAAUGCUGAAGUCCAGAGACACCAGGAGAAACUUUUGUCCUCCAAAUCACUGGCUGUCAGAACAAGAAGAUAUUAAAGCAGAUAAGUGGGCCUGGAGUCCCCACCGCUGACUGUGUCUGAGGAGCGGCAGCUGGCUGUCCUGACGGAGCUGCCCUUUGUGGUCCCCUUUGAGGAGCGAGUGAAGAUCUUUCAAAGGUUGAUUUAUGCAGAUAAGCAAGAAGUUCAAGGAGAUGGCCCAUUUCUGGAUGGAAUUAAUGUCACAAUAAGAAGAAACUAUAUUUACGAGGAUGCUUAUGACAAACUUUCCCCAGAAAAUGAUCUUUCUUGCCGUGGAUGUUGUCUUUCAAAUCCUGCAUGUGAGGUGGAACGAGGCGCCCUGCCUGCCGGUGUACCUGAGUCUGGGUGGACUGGAGGGGAGCACAUAUUUGAAAAGCUGCCGUCCCCUGGCGGGGACCCCCGGUGCCCUCACAGAGCCUGAUUUGAAAAAGCGGAUCCGUGUGCACUUGCUCAACGCCCAUGGCCUGGAUGAAGCUGGCAUCGAUGGUGGUGGUAUUUUCAGGGAGUUUUUAAAUGAACUACUAAAAUCAGGAUUUAACCCCAACCAGGGGUUCUUUAAGACUACUAAUGAAGGGCUUCUGUACCCCAACCCGGCUGCUCAGAUGCUCGUGGGAGAUUCUUUUGCCAGACAUUACUACUUCCUAGGCAGGAUGCUUGGAAAGGCUCUCUAUGAAAACAUGCUGGUGGAGCUGCCCUUUGCCGGCUUCUUCCUCUCCAAGCUGCUGGGCACCAGUGCCGAUGUGGACAUCCACCAUCUGGCCUCCUUGGACCCCGAGGUCUACAGGAACCUGCUGUUCCUCAAGAGCUACGAGGAGGAUGUGGAGGAGCUGGGGCUGAACUUCACCGUGGUGAACAACGACCUGGGAGAGGCCCAGCAACAGGAUAAGACCUCAUCUAACCUACAUGAAGCUGCUUCAGACUGUGUGUGCUCAGCUCUUUAUGCCAUUGAGAAUGUGGAAACUAACUUGCCAUUAGCAAUGCAACUUUUUCAGGGAGUCCUGACAUUGGAGACUGCCUAUCAUAUGGCUGUGGCACGUGAAGAUUUAGACAAAGUUCUGAAUUACUGCCGUAUUUUCACUGAACUAUGUGAAACUUUUCUUGAAAAAAUUGUUUGUACUCCAGGCCAAGGUCUUGGGGACCUGCGAACUCUGGAAUUGCUUCUUAUUUGUGCAGGGCACCCUCAGUAUGAGGUAGUAGAAAUUUCCUUUAACUUUUGGUACCGACUAGGGGAGCAUUUGUACAAAACUAACGAUGAAGUUAUUCAUGGCAUCUUCAAAGCUUACAUUCAGAGGCUGCUUCAUGCCUUGGCUCGACACUGCCAGCUAGAACCGGACCAUUUUUCGGCAGACACAACAUUUGUUAUGUGGUGCUGAGGAUCGAACCCGGGCCGCACCCAUGCCAGGUGAGCACGCUAUCUCUUGAGCCACAUCCCCAGCCCAGAGAUUCCAGUUCUUGCUGAGAUUAUUUUAGGCUUUAUUUUGAGAUGUCCUUACUAAAACCAAAAAUUGUGUUAUUUCUUCCUUUUGACCACUCAUUUACCUAACCUCCUAAAAUAUAUAGAAAACUGAGUCAGACUUUUAGAAUCUUUACUUUUGUUAACUAAUAUAUAAAAACUCUAUAAGGUGACACAAUAAGAAACACAAGAAGUAAAUAAGCAGUAUGAGGCAAUCUUUUAGGUGUCCUUUGUAGUGCUGAGGCUUGAACUCAGGACGUCCUAAAUGGCUGGCAAGAGCUCUCCCACAAAACCUCAUUCUGAAGUAGAGGAUCUAGAACUGUAACAAGGACUUAGUGACAGUCUUUGCUGAAAGCACUGAUUCUUUACUUGGGCCUUCAAAUGACCAGUGAAUAACUAAAAGCAGGAUAAAAUUAACUUGGUACCUCUGGCUCCAUUGCACAUUAUCUCUGCUCUGAGUCAUCUUGGAUUCCAGGAGCAACAGGUCUGAUCUAUAUAGACAUCAUGUGAUGACUUGGAACUGACUCCCCAGGCAACAGCGAUUUCCUGUCCCUAUCAGGCAGCCUGACCAAUCAUGACCAACCAGACUACAGCCACCUCCCUGUUCCUGCUCCUUUAUCACCUGGACACUCACCUCAGUGUCCCCAAGACUGGAAAGCUGGUCCACUUUCUCUUCCCUGUGCAGUUAACUGAUACAACAAUGUCUUCUUCGCCUUUCACCACUAUUUCCAUUUGUACUUUGGGGCGAGUGGUCAGAUCUGAUUUGUUGGAAUUCCCAAACAUGGGCCUCUAGCCUAGGGCUUUAGUAAUGGAGCCACUAACCCAGUGUGCCAACUGCCUAAGAGAAGAAACUGUAUGGGUGAGGACACUUUUCAUUUCUACCUUGUGAGGAUUCUGUAACUGGAUUUGUCAAAGGACAAAAUUCUAACUCAGUGUGACAAUCUCAAUUAGCUCUAUUUGUGAUUCUCAAAUUCGGCUACAGUAGGUUCCCUGAAACAGAUUAAGUGUUCCAAUGGGCUAAACAGAGGAAUUUUUUUUUGGCACCAGGGUUCGAAUUCAGGGGCACUGAACCACAUCCAAGCUCUAUUUUUUGUAUUUUAUUAUUUUUUUUAUGGACUCAAUACCUUUAUUUUGUUUAUUUUUAUGUGGUGCCAGGGAUCCAACCCAGUGCUUCAAGCAUGCU